GUCUAUGAGGUCGAAGUGGUCUUCAGGAGCAUCCUCGACAAGAACAGCGACGGGGGUCUUCUGAAAGGUGGCCGUCGCUUCCCCGAGCCAGCAGGUGGAGUUCUCUACAGCGGCCCCCGCCUGACUCUAUCAGCUGUCAGCGCUGGUUGUGCCGCCGCUUCGCAGACUCUUGAGCCGAGGUGGAUCCCCCCGGCUGCCUACCGAAGACGCCGUGGAUGCCAGAAAACGCGUGGCAUUCUCCAACUGAGCUUUGAGGUGUUGGUGGCAUCGGAACCGUCAUGUCUAGCAAUGACGAGAGGGUUACCAAGACAGAUGCCUGGAUCAAAGUAG